AUGCCAUACAAGUCACGUUGGGAAUUUAAGGUCCCAAACGCCCACUUGGCUUCUCUCCUCUUCAAAUCCCCGACGGAACCCCUCUCCACACAGAAAUGCUUCCUAGAAGCGGAUCAUCCUGAAACUCACUAUCUCACUCUCCAUGAUUUCCGCCUCUGGAGCCAGCGUUUCGCAGCAGGACUUCGUAAGUCUGGCCUAAAGCCCGGUGAUCGCGUAUUGCUCUACUCCGGGAACAACCUGUUUUUCCCAGUGGCAUUUAUGGGCGUCAUAAUGUCCGGCGGGGUCUUCACCGGCGCAAAUCCAACUUAUGUAGCACGCGAGCUCGCCUUCCAGCUUCAAGAUAGUGGGGCGACAUACCUCCUCUGUGCACGCAGCAGUCUAGAAACGGGACUAAAAGCCGCAGAACUAGCAGGUUUGAGUCGCUCACAGAUUUUCAUCUUCGACAAUGCUAUCUAUGAAGGUGGUGGCGAGUCGCAGGAUGGAUGCCGAUACUGGGGCGAGCUGGUAGCUUCUCCAGAGGAAGGAAGACAGUUUCAAUGGGAGGAACUGUCCACGCCAAAUGAGGCAGACAACUGUACACUUGUGCUGAAUUAUUCCAGUGGCACAACGGGCCGUCCAAAGGGUGUGGAGAUCACACACAAGAAUUAUGUUGCUAAUAUGUUGCAGUAUAAUCAUCUUCAGACGUUAUAUCCAGAUGCGGAGGAGCGGCGACUUCGUUCAAGCUGGUUGUGCUUCUUGCCUAUGUAUCAUGCUAUGGCGCAGAGUGUUUAUAUUGCCUGUGCAGUUUGGCGGGGGACGCCUGUUUAUAUCAUGCCCCGCUUUGAUUUUCUCAAAGUGUUGGAGUAUGUGCAGAAGUUUCGUAUUACAAAUCUGCUUCUGGUGCCGCCGAUCGUGGUCAUGUUCGCUAAGGAUCCUGCUGUGAAGAAGUUUGAUCUGAGUAGUGUGGAGAGUGUUGAUAGUGGCGCUGCGCCAUUGGGACGGGAGGUCUGCAUGGAAGUGGAAAAGCUGUGGCCACCAGGGAAGAUCAAUAUAAAGCAGGGUUGGGGAAUGACAGAGGCAACUUGCUCUAUACUUGGGUGGGAUCCAACAGAAACAAGUCUAUCAGCAUCAGUGGGGGAACUCAAUGCCAAUUGUGAAGCCAAGAUCAUGAGCGAAGAUGGAAGUACAGAAAUACUGGGAAAAAACCAGCGUGGAGAAUUAUGGGUUCGGUCUCAGAAUAUAAUGAAGGGAUAUUGGCAGAACCCCGAGGCAACCAGGCAAACCAAGACCAAAGACGGGUGGCUGAAGACAGGCGAUAUUGCAUAUGUGGAUGACGAGGGAAGGUUCCAUGUUGUGGAUCGGAUCAAGGAGUUGAUCAAGGUCAGAGGCAACCAAGUGGCCCCCGCCGAGCUGGAAGCCCUUCUUCUAGAACACGAGGCCAUUGCAGAUGCCGCGGUUAUUGGAAUUUCCAUUGACAACGAUGAGAGACCUCGGGCAUACGUUGUGAUAAAGCCUGGUCAAUCGGCCACUGCAGAUGAGAUCGUCCACUUCAUAAACAACAAGGUGUCUUCAACGAAACGGAUCACUGGUGGGGUCAUCUUCAUUGAUACUAUCCCUAAGAAUCCAUCAGGAAAGAUCCUACGCAAAGUCUUGCGUGAUCAAGCGCGAGUAGAACUGAAGCGUGGUGUCACGGCCAAGCUGUAA